ACGUUUGCCUUUUUUUUACAAUACAAUUCAUCAUUUCUCAUCAUCAUCAUCAUCAUCAUUGGCUUUGUGUGUCUGUGUGUCAGUCUAUCUGCCCUAUUAUUUUUUGGCUGCCAUAAAUAGUUUUUUUUAUCAAAGUCAUUGUUGAUGUUUUUUUUUCUUCGAUUUGAUUCGGAAAAAAUUAAUAAUUUUAUUAUAUUCGAUUAAUCAUCAUAAAUCAUCAAAUAAAUAAAUAAAAAUGAUGGAUCCAAUGUCACCGAAUGCAAAUGGUCAAGGACCACAAUCUACAUGGUGGGUAGAAUCCUGGUCAAGCCAAAUAACAACAGGAUUGGCAAUAUUUUUAGUCAUUUGUGGCAUAAUAACGGCUAUUAGUCCAAUCAAUAUUGGAUGUAUUGUACCUGGUAUACUUCAAUUAGUUGCAUCUGGUAUAAUAUUAUCGAUUGAAGCACCAUCAUUUGUACCAUUUUUAGCCUUUGCACGACCUAUUGGUAUGUUUAUUGAAGGCAAACCAUAUUGGUUUAAAGGAGCAUUCUAUGCAGCUUUGGCUCUUAUUCCAUUCAUCGUUGGCCUAUCAUUUGGUUGUAUUGGUUUCUUUUUCAUACUUGGUUUCUUGGCCAAUGGUGCCAUUGCAGCCCUUUAUGGUAAAAUUGUUCUUGGACGAAAAGCAAAUCGAGAUGAAAUGAGAUUUCAAGCCGGUGGUGGUACCGGUCAACAACCAUAUUCACCGACUAGUCCUUGAAUAAAACAAAAACAUUCCAAACAUUGAUCAACGUCUUCAACCAUAAUAAUAAAUAAAAUAAUAAUGGUAUCGAAAAAUGAAUAUAGAAAGAAUGAAAAAAAGAGAAAAAUCAUCAUCAACAUUGAAUGUAGAAGCAUCAAUUAUUUUCCCUCUUCAAAAGUUUGUUUUGUUUUCAUUCAUCUAAAUCCAGCAUAUCACACCACGGAACAACAUCAAAACAAAAUCAUUACAUCCCAUAAAAUUCCCGUUUAAAAAAAAACAUUCCAAAUCAAACACACGAAUAUUUUCCUAAAAAAAGAAAAAACCCAGAAUUGUAAAAUUUAUUUUAUUUCCAUUUUAUUUAACAACAACAACAACAAAAACCAUCUACAUCAGCAGCUGGUCAUGAUCGAUUAUUUUGGCUGGACCAAAAA